AUGGAAAUUAAUUUGAACAGGCAGCAAGAUCAGAGGUUUAGGUUGAUGUUUGAAUCAGACGAGUUCAAGGCUUCAGCUAAGCUAGAGACAGUGACUAUCUCGGAGAUGAAACAUGAAGAAGUAGAAGCUUUAGUUGAGUUCAUCUAUAGUGACGGCUCUACGCUAUCAGCGAAAGCAAAACAAAAUUUUCAGUCACUCUUUAUCGCAGCUCACAAAUACGAGAUCCUCCAUUUACAGGAUCUUUGCAGAAACGAGCUAAUAUCUUCUCUGAGUUUGACGAAUGCUCUUGACGUUUAUAAGCUCUCUUUGGUUCCCUACGAAAGAGACCUCGAGGUUGCUGCCUUGGAAUUCAUCCUAAGCAAUUUCAAGAUGAUUGCUAAUUCUAAAGAGUACGAGUUGUUCGUCAGCAAAAAUCCAGAUCUUACCGUGAAGAUAGUGAAGGAAGUGGUGAAGGAGUGUACUUGA